CUGUCCUGCAGGCAGAUGGACAUCACUUUAUUGUGGAAGAGAGAGAUUGGAAUGCUGUAGAGCUGGUGGUCCACAGGGAGAUUGUAUUUUGUUGCAACAUCAAUGACCUGGAUUUUGGAGGUGAUUUCAAGUUGGAUCCACUUGGUGAAGAAGCCAGAAAAGCUGUGUUAAAUCCAUACCAAUUUACAGGGACACAUUCCCUUUUCCCUUGGGUUUCUGUCAG